AUGGAGCGCAGUAUUUUAGGUGUUACUAGGAUGGAUCGCAUCCGAAACACUACACUGCGCUCCAAAACACGAAUAGCUGAUGUGGGGGAGAAGACCGCCAGACUAAAGUGGGACUGGGCAGGUCACAGAAGAAGAAGAUGGAGUAUCUGGAGAGUUCGGGAAGGUCUGCAUAAGGAAGCAAAGGAGGAAGCGACAGAAGCUCCUCAUCAUAGAGCUGUUCCUGGACUUUGCGAAAACACAACCCUCCACGGUCUUCGAUACGUCACUGAAGUCGGACUUACUGUUGUAGAAAAAGUGUUCUGGAUCCUUACCUUCGUGGCCAGUCUGGUCAUGUGCUUCAUUCUGAUCGAACGCGUGUGGCACAAGUGGUGGUACAGUCCCGUCAUCGUGUCCUUCAACGAGAUGAUGAUCCCUGUUGGAGAAGUACCAUUUCCAUCAAUAACAAUAUGUCCGCAAUGGAAAUGCAAAUCAUCGGCUUAUAGGUACACGGAGAAAUUUGUCAAGUAUGGAAAAAAGCGCAAAAUCAAUACAAACGUUGACAAAGAGACUUUAUUUUCGUUGUCAAUGACUAAUGAUGAGGAGGAAAGGAUAUUACUGGAAGAUGCUUUUCUGGUGUGUGAAAACUUCUACAGAUACUUGACGCCUCGAAACAAAUCUAAUGAAUCUCUCGUAAAUAAUAUAAUAAACAUGGCACCAGAUGUAGAAGAAGUGAUGCUUUCCUGCACAUGGAGAGGUCAGCAAGGAGUACCUUGCGGAGAGUAUUUUAAAGAAGUUCUUACUAGCGAAGGCGUGUGCUUCAAUUUCAACGCUUUAUCUUAUAACGACAUUUUCAGAACUAAAAGUAUACAAAACGAUUACAUCUAUAUAAAUUCUUCAACCCCAGCAAACAAAUGGAAUAUAAUAUCUGGAUAUUCAAGUCCAACUUCUAAAAGAAAAAAGAAGAAGUAUUCAAAAGGAAGAAGAUCAAAAGUGGAAGAUGAUACAGAAGAAUAUCCACGGCGUGGCCAGGAAAAUGGUGCACGACCUGAUCUCGAAAUUAUACUUGUUGAAAAUGCGACUGAUGUAGAUGAAUCUUGUAACAGUCUUUCUAAUGGCUGGAAAAUCUAUCUUCAACAUCCAGCUGAUAUGCCUCAAGCUUCGCUGUAUUACUACGCAGCCAUCCCCGAUCAAGUCACGUCGUUGGCUCUCAAGUUCAGUAUCCUUAACACGUCGGAAAGUUUGAUGAACUAUAAAUCUGAACAGCGUCAGUGCUACUUCCCUAAGGAUCGUAAGCUUCUCUACUUUGCAACGUACACACCGGACAACUGCCGACUAGAGUGUCUAUCUUUAUACACCUAUAAGCGAUGCGGAUGUGUAUGGUACCACAUGCCUCAUCAUAAUAGUUCAGAAAUAGGUACAUCGCAGCAAAGACGGUGCGUGGAAAAAGCACAAGAUGAGUUGGCAUCAAAUAAAUUGAAGCAGAGCAAAUGUAAUUGUUUGCCGUCAUGCGACAGUGUUCAUUACGAUGCAGAAAUACUCAAGACAAACUUCGACAUCAAAAAACAUAUGAAGGCUAUGAACAAAAAAUAUGAUUACACUAUAUCAGACAAUUACAAUUAUUCCCGCCUGGAAAUUUACUUCAAAGAGCCCCGUUUCGUGUCAAUGCGUCGCUCGGAGCUGUUCGGGCUGACGGACUUCCUCGCCAACUGCGGUGGCCUCCUGGGCCUGUUCCUUGGCUUCUCCUUCCUCAGCCUCGUUGAGAUCUUUUACUUCUGCACUUUGAGGUUAUGGUGUACGCUGAAAAAGGACAUCAAAAUUGAAAAAAAGAAGUUGAAAGAAAGCAUGUAUAGGAAAUAGUAAAUUCUUACAUGUGACAUUACAUUCACAUAUCUUUUGAUGAUUUUUCAUAUUUUAAGAUUUCUGUAAGUACUUACCUACUUCAAUGGUU